AUAUCUAUAUGUGACUGAGGUGAAGCUCAAUCAUACUCUAAAUACAAAACCCUAAACCCGCAUGGCCGCCGACGGCAAACUCUCCGACGACCCUACCCGUUUACCCGAACCCGGCACGCCGUCCAAACCUAAAACCAACAAGUAUGCCUUGGCCUGCUCUUUCUUAGCCUCCAUGACUUCGAUCCUCCUCGGCUAUGAUAUUGGAGUGAUGAGUGGAGCAAUAAUAUACAUAAAAAAGGAUCUGCACAUUAGCGACGUCCAAAAAGAGAUCAUUAUGGGCAUUCUCAACGUCUAUUCGCUUCUCGGCUCAGCAGCCGCCGGCCGUACUUCCGACUGGAUUGGCCGCCGCUACACCAUUGUCUUCGCCGGAGUCAUAUUCUUCGCCGGCGCGCUGCUUAUGGGAUUCGCCACCAACUACGCUUUCCUCAUGGUGGGCCGCUUCGUAGCCGGCGUCGGCGUCGGCUACGCGCUCAUGAUCGCGCCGGUCUACACAGCCGAGGUCGCGCCGGCUUCCUCCCGCGGCUUCCUCACUUCUAUCACUGAAGUGUCCAUUAAUUUUGCAGGCAUACUGCUAGGUUAUGUCUCAAACUUCGCCUUCUCGAAGCUUCCGACGAACUUAGGGUGGAGAUUCAUGCUCGGCAUCGGCGCAGUCCCCUCCAUAUUCCUCGCCCUCGGCGUCCUCGCCAUGCCGGAAUCUCCCCGCUGGCUCGUCAUGCAAGGCCGCCUCGCCGACGCCAAGCGCGUCCUCGACCGGACCUCCGAUUCCCCGGAAGAGUCCCGCCUCCGAUUAUCCGACAUCAAGAACGCCGCCGGAAUACCGCCCGAUUCCGACGACGACACCGUCGCCGUCACCAAACGCCGCGGCGGCGGCGAAGGCGUCUGGCGAGACCUCCUCCUCCGCCCGACUCCCGCCGUUCGCCACAUCCUCCUCUGCGGCGUCGGAAUCCACUUCUUCCAGCAAGCCAGCGGCAUAGACGCCGUCGUUUUGUACAGCCCGGAGAUAUUCGAGAAGGCCGGAAUCACCAGGGACAACGACAAGCUGCUGGCCACCAUGGCCGUCGGAUUCACCAAAACCCUCUUCAUCCUCGUCGCCACGUUUCUGCUCGACAGGGUCGGCCGACGGCCGCUGCUUCUGUCGAGCGUGGCGGGGAUGGUGGCGUCGCUGACCGGGCUGGGGAUCGGGCUGACCGUAAUAGCACAUUCCGGCGAGAAAUUGAUUUGGGCAGCGGCGCUGUGCAUAGCUAUGGUCCUGUCCUACGUGGCAUUUUUUUCAAUCGGGAUGGGGCCCAUCACGUGGGUGUACAGCUCAGAGAUAUUCCCGCUGCGGCUCAGGGCGCAGGGGUGCAGUGUGGGCGUCGCAGCGAAUCGGGUCACCAGUGGGGUGCUGUCAAUGACGUUUUUGUCCCUCUACCAUGCAAUUACUAUUGGCGGGGCGUUUUUUCUCUACGGUGCGAUUGCUGCGGUUGCGUGGUUUUUCUUCUACAGUUUGUACCCCGAGACGCAGGGGAAAACGCUGGAGGAAAUGGAGGGGUUGUUCGGGGGUUUUUUUAGAUGGCGGACGAAUUGGAAAGCAUUGGAGGAGAAGAAACUGGAGGAUAGUGGGCGUGUCGAAAUGAUGACACGUGUCGGUGGGACUGACUAGGGUUUUGAGGUGUGUUUGUUUUGUGUUUUCACUUUGAAUUUUUUUUUUUCUAAAAUAAAAUAUAAUGAAUUAAGUAAAUAAUAUAAAAUAAUACAUAUGUAUAAUAUAUUAAUUUUUUUAUAAAUAUGUUCAAGAAUUUUCAA